AAAGUGGUUAGCGGUGACCGAGGUUGACCACUCAAUCGCUUGUUCACCACGGUUAAAUCAGAUGAACUUGAAAAUAAAAGUCGAAUUCGUCAGCCUUCGCAAGCUAUUUCGCAUCAAACUCGACAAUUAAAUGCGUUAGGAGUGUAGAAUUCUUUCGAUGAAGUAUAGAAUACUUAAAAUUCAUGGUAAAAAUAACUUACGAAAAUAUGUACAUUCAUUUAAGGGGUUUAUCACUGAUGUCAUCAUUCAAAUGGACGCCCCGGUAAAAUAUGACAACCAAGGUUUGAAAAGUUCAUCCCUGGGGUACAAACUAAUUCAUGCUAAUUACUUGCGGCCUUGCUUGUGGCAGACAGUUUCAGAAACUGUUGACAGUGCCAGCAUAUGUACAGAGACCACCGGAAAAAAAUUCUCGAAUAACUGCUUUGUUACUAUAGAAACUUUUGUGCAGAGGCGACGAGACGUGACAAAGCCGCUCAGUCCAUUGGCCAAAAGCUUUUCGACAGUGAAAAGCCUAAUAAUCAAAAGAGCGUUAACUGCCAGCUUAUAUUUGCCUAGAUUUUCCGGAUGGCCGGGUGAAGGAAUGCGGUUUGCAUGCAUAAGGGCCCUUAUAAAGAGCUGCUGGUAAUAAUUCUGUCGUUUACUUCGAUUGCGAUUACUUGAGGUGAUCAGUCAAACUGCACCCAUUCCGGAAAUAUCUGAAAUUUGUGGGUCUGGCGUCAGCGCUCCCGGCUCUUGCCGUGUUUGUCAGUGCAAAGGAGCACGCACAGGACGGGACGAAAUUCACUCACGCUAGAGUUUCACGAGCAACCGCUACGUUUGCUCGACGGAGCGAACGCGCUGGAAAACAAACAGAAUUGUACUUUUGUGCGUCUGAAUUGCCGACGAUCAAAUGUCGAACGCGCGUGGAAAGAAAAACAGAGGUGGACAAGUUUUCGACGACAACAGUAACGAAAUGCCAGAUCCAAACCUUCUGAGUCCGAAUUCUUCGAUGAGGAGCUUCGAUGUGUCUUCUGCUUCAGACAACGACUCCUGGGCCUCGGAGGAUUCGUAUCCCGACGAGCUGCCGUCGCCGCCAGUCCAGUGGAAAUCAGAAAUUCCCUGGACUCCUGAUCGCCGCAGAAGUUCCAUCAAGAAGCCUCAAUUUCAGCUCGAUCCGGUUGCUGUUCAGCUGAACGAAUUCUACGAGAAUCGCGUGAGAAUUAGCUUGGAACGCAAAGAAAUCUGCGAAGAAAUCGCCUACAACGCCGUGCAUAAAUGCUUCCGUAAAAUCCAGAUGGUGGACAGUCGAUUUCGUGCUAACAGCUUGGUGUCGCAAGGCAUACCGUACGAUGGCUUACAAGCUGAGGAAGCCAUUCAAAUGGACAUGCUGGUGCAACUUUCCCCGGGCACGAGCUCUGCAAUGUACACAGCUUACGACGAGCGCACGGGCGGCAUGCGGGUACAGCCCAGCUCGGAGGAUUACAGCGUCUGGGAAGACUGCAUAACAACCAACGGCUUCUUGUCUGCCGGCAAGAUAAACUCACUGCUGCGAAAGUACGUCAAGAAAGCUGUAAAGAUUUUGAACUUUCACAUCAAAGAUGGUCGCGCGGAGAAACUACCCAAAAAUUUAAGUAGCAUUUCGGUGGAGAAAGGGCCCGUAAUUCGAUUAACCAUCAAUAAGGACAUAGCUGUCGAUAUCCUUCCCGCAUUUGUGAUCCCCGAUUCUCGUUCAGACCCGUCUCGGAGGGACUGCCCAUCAUCUUCGCACGUGGUUUGCAAACCCCACGUUCAAAACGAAAUGAUAUGGCGUUUGUCGUUUUAUGUGGCGGAGAAAAAUCGCAUUCGAGCUCUUAGCGAAGGCUGUCGAGUGCAGCUAUUGCGCAUUUUAACGGAAAUCCGCGACAAUGAAGAUCAACUUAAGAAGCUUUCAUCUUAUCAUGUCAAGACCUUACUCUUCCACGAAUCCGACAAAUACCCGGACUUUCACGAGUGGAGUGCGGAUAAAAUCACGCGGCGAUUCUUCGGACUGUUAGAACGGCUCAAAAAGGCGUUGAAAGAGGGAAACCUACCGCACUACUUCAUGCAGCCGCCAGACUUCAAACCGGUGAAUCUAUUCGCCGAUCUGGACGGGAAAACUUUGUCAGACAUGUUAGAUGUGAUUGAAGAUAUUAUGGAGAAUCCAAUGGGCGUCCUGAGUACCGUGGGACGAGAGAGAAGACAGACGAUGUGGCCUUGGGAAAUGGGUUUGUUUUUGCCAGCGGGAUUAACCUCGUAACGCGGAAACCUCUUGAACUGUAAUGAUACUUUCUUGAGCCCGCAGAUGGAAUGACAGUGAAUAAAGACUUACACAGCCACAUUCUUUGAUAAUUUAGCGUUCUGAAAACAGAGUUAAUUAACUUUACAGCAGGACUUAGAUUUGCAUAAGAAUUUGCACAAGAGAAAGAAAACUGUUUAGAGACAGAGUCCUCCUCGUCCCCAGGCCUCACUUCUUUGCAACGGACCCGACGUACGAGGAAGACUGAAGCAGAGCCGUGAUUCAGAAAUGUUGCUUCGGCAGUCUGUAGCUGAAAAUCCCACAAUUUGCCGGAUAGAAAAAGUGUUCUAAAAAGUAAGGGAAAAAAUUUUACUUCAAGAUCCUUUUAUUUAGAGAUGGCUUUUCUAGUUUACUAAAUUUUCAUAGUGUUAAAAAUUAUUUUGUUGUUGUCUUUUCUUCCUUCACAUUUUAAAAUGUUAUUGAAGGGCAAAUUAAUAGCAUAAUUGCCAUAAAAUGAAAUAUAAAUAUUUUU